UUGUUUAUUUAUUUAUAUCAUACACUACCUAAAACAAAACAUCAUUGAAUCAAAAUAUAUAUGGAGUAAUUUUUUCUAAUCAAGAUAGACAGACAGGUUCUUUGACUUCCCCCAAGAAAGAUUUAGAAUCUGAAUUCUCAAGGCAAUUUUGAUCUAACAAUGGUUCGUUUGAAAGAGAGAUUUAGUUUGUUCUUCAAUAACAGAUGGCUUGUAUUCGUAGCUGCAAUGUGGAUUCAGAGUUUUGCUGGCAUUGGGUAUUUAUUCGGCAGUAUUUCUCCCAUCAUUAAGAGCUCUUUGAAUUAUAAUCAGAGGCAAAUUGCCAGAUUGGGUGUCGCUAAGGACUUGGGCGAUAGUGUUGGAUUUCUGGCUGGGACUUUAUCCGAAAUCUUGCCUUUAUGGGCUGCUCUUCUUGUGGGUGCUGUUCAGAACUUCAUUGGUUAUGGCUGGGUUUGGCUCAUCGUCACCGGCCGAUCUCCUACUCUUCCUUUAUGGGUUAUGUGCCUUCUUAUAUUUAUAGGAACAAAUGGAGAAACCUACUUUAAUACAGCCGCACUUGUCUCAGGUGUGCAAAAUUUCCCUAAAAGCCGUGGCCCUGUGGUGGGAAUACUUAAGGGAUUUGCUGGGUUGGGUGGUGCAAUUAUGACUCAAAUAUAUGCACUGAUCCAUUCCCCUGAUCAUGCUUCACUUAUAUUUAUGAUUGCUGUGGGACCGGCAAUGGUGGCUAUCGCCCUCAUGUUUAUAAUUAGGCCUGUUGGCGGCCACAGGCAAGUCAGACCAUCUGAUGGAUUCAGUUUUUCAUUAAUUUAUAGCAUUUGCCUCAUUUUGGCUUCUUACCUGAUGGGCGUCAUGCUUGUUCAAGACCUCAUUGAUGUUAGCCACACAGUCACUACAAUCUUCACAGGGAUUUUGUUCGUUCUAUUGCUUAUUCCUGUGGUGAUUCCCAUCUCAUUGACUUUCUCGCAAGAAACUAGAGUACCAUCAGAAGAGGCUCUUUUAUCUGAGUCACAAAAACAAGAUCCUGGAGUAUCUGGACAUGAUCAGGAAAUUAUAUUUAGUGAGGUUGAAGAUGAGAAACCUAAGGAUGUAGACUUGCUUCCAGCAUUAGAAAGGCAAAAAAGAAUUGCCCAACUGCAAGCAAAACUAGCCCAAGCAGCUGCAGAAGGAGCAGUGAGGGUCAAAAGAAGACGGACCCCUCAUAGAGGGGAGGACUUUACCCUAAUGCAGGCUUUGAUAAAGGCAGACUUUUGGAUUAUAUUCUUCUCACUACUUUUUGGUUCUGGAUCUGGUUUAACCGUGAUUGAUAACUUGGGCCAGAUGAGCCAAUCUUUAGGAUAUGAUAACACACAUGUAUUUGUUUCCAUGAUCAGCAUAUGGAACUUCCUCGGUCGUGUUGGGGGUGGAUACUUUUCUGAAAUAAUUGUGAGAGAUCAUGCCUACCCAAGACAUGCAGCCAUGGCUGUUGCCCAAGUUGUAAUGGCUUUCGGGCAUUUCUUCUUUGCCAUGGGAUGGCCAGGGGCUAUGUACAUUGGUACUCUUCUGGUAGGGCUCGGUUAUGGGGCUCAUUGGGCUAUCGUGCCAGCUGCUGCUUCCGAAUUGUUUGGCUUAAAGAAUUUUGGGGCUUUGUACAAUUUCCUCACUAUUGCGAACCCAGCUGGUUCACUAGUAUUCUCAGGUGUUAUUGCUAGUAGUAUAUAUGAUAGUGAAGCUGAAAAGCAAGCUCAACAGCGUCAUCCCGGCCAAUGGAAUGGGGCAUCUUUUUUAUCAAGUUUUCUAGCUGUGGAUGAACCUUUAAAGUGUGAAGGUGCCAUAUGCUUCUUCUAUACUUCCUUAAUACUUUGUGGACUCUGCAUCGUUGCUUCUAUUCUAAGCAUGAUUCUGGUUUACCGAACAAAGACUGUAUACACUAGUCUUUACGGAAAAUCUCGUACAUAAUUCAUCCGGCAAGUGGAAGCUUGGAUAGAAGUUUGAGUAAUUUGCACAGAUACUCUCAACCAGCUUAUGGAUCUAAGAGCAUUUCGUUGAGGUGACAUUGUUAGCCAUAACCAGAACACUUCCUCCAGAAUGUGAGCAAGACAAUGGAGAUGGCAAAGCUACCUUUUUUUGCUCUUAGAAGGUUUUCCUAUUUAUGUGAGAUAAAUGUUUGUAUUGCAAUUUUUGAUUGGUGUAUAUUUCCCUUGUCAUUCAAACUUGAAAUUGUUACA